AUACAUACCAGAUAGAUACCUAACCAAACUUGGGCUUGGGCAACUUUUGAUGAACUACAAACUAAAACUUAACGUAAAUUAGCCUAUAUUCAUUAAAAUAAUAUCAACGAAAUAACUUGUUUAUUUUAAUAACUUACUAGCCUUAAAGUUAUUUAGGUUAGGGGUGUUAAUAGGUUCGUUGUUCUGUCGUUGCUUUUAUUUCCCAAAGCACCCAGACCAGUCCAGAUUUCACACAAACAUGACUGAGGAGGUCCAAAGACAUUCUGUUCACACCCUGGUGUUUCGCUCCUUGAAGAGAACACAUGAUAUGUUUUUAUCAAGUCAAGGCCAGCUGCCCCCAAUCGAUGAGUUAGCGGAAAAAAUUAAAAAAGCAAUCAAGGCAAAAGAUUCAUACAGUCUGGUUAUGGAUAAAGUGAAACAAGCAAAUGCAGUGAAAAAACAGCAACAAUCCGCAGAAGCUGCCAUGGAGAUCAGUCAGCAGAGAGAGAAGGAAGGUGAGAUGGACCAUGGUGAGAUGGCGUUGGUGCCGAUGAGCGGAGGCCCGGGGGCUCUAGUGCCUACUGCGGGACCCGGUGGGGCAGUCACUACCAUUGCAGCACGCAAGGCUCCCUCCAUGCCUAAGCCCAAGUGGCAUCCUCCCUGGAAGCUGUUCCGAGUCAUCUCCGGACAUCUGGGAUGGGUGCGUUGUGUGGCUGUGGAGCCUGGCAAUGAGUGGUUCGCUACCGGCUCAGCCGACAGAGUCAUCAAGAUCUGGGAGCUUGGUAGUGGUCGACUGAAGGUAUCAUUGACAGGUCACAUCAGCAGUGUGCGAGGUUUGGCUGUCAGUAGCAGACACCCAUACCUAUUCAGCUGUGGGGAGGACAGGCAGGUCAAGUGUUGGGACUUGGAGUACAAUAAGGUUAUCAGACAUUACCACGGACACCUGAGUGCAGUGUACACACUGGCAUUGCACCCCACGAUAGAUGUGCUCAUCACUGCAGGGCGAGACUCUACAGCUAGAGUGUGGGAUAUGAGGACCAAGGCUAACGUACACACAUUCACCGGCCACACCAACACUGUGGCUAGUGUCAUCAGUCAAGCUGCCGAACCUCAGGUAGUGACAGGAAGCCAUGAUUGCACCAUCAGACUGUGGGACCUGGCAGCAGGCAAGAGUAUUGCGACUCUCACCAACCACAAGAAGAGUGUCAGAUCUGUAGUUUUCCACCCCACACUGUACAUGUUUGCGUCAGCCAGUCCGGACAACAUCAAACAGUGGAAGUGUCCAGAGGGAAGCUUCAUCCAGAACCUGUCUGGACACAAUGCCAUCGUCAACUGUCUGGCUGUCAAUCCUGAGGGAGUACUGGUGUCCGGAGCUGACAACGGGACUCUCUACUGCUGGGACUGGCGUACCGGCUACAACUUCCAGAGGCUCCAGGCUCCAGUACAGCCAGGUUCAAUGGACAGUGAGUCAGGAAUAUUUUCCAUGACAUUCGACCAGAGUGGCAGUCGUCUGAUAACUACAGAGGCUGACAAAACCAUUAAAAUAUACAAAGAGGACGACUCUGCUACUGAAGAAAGUCACCCAAUCCACUGGCGUCCAGAAAUUUUGAAAAGAAGAAAAUAUUAGAUGGACUUUUUAUCUUUAUCCUAUUUUAACUUUAAUUAAAUUAACUUUCCUAAAACAA